AUGGAAAAAACUGUAACCAUUGCCGUCCACUGUAACAACGCAGGGACCCACUACAAGAAGUGUCCCUGUAACUAUCGAGGGCCCCACUACAAGAAGUGUCCCUGCAUCUACCGAGGGCCACACUACAAGAAGUGUCUCUGUAACUACGAGGGCCCCACUGCAAGAAGUGUCCCUGGAGUGCCCCACUACAAGAAGUGUCCCUGUAACCAGGAAGAGCCCCACUACAAGAAGUGUCCCUGUAACCAGGAAGAGCCCCACUACAAGAAGUGUCCCUGUAACCAGGAAGAGCCCCACUACAAGAAGUGUCCCUGUAACCAGGAAGAGCCCCACUACAAGAAGAAGAGCCCCCACUACAAGAAGUGUCCCUGUACAACCACCAGGAAGCCCCACUACAAGAAGUGUCCCUGUAACCAGGAAGAGCCCCACUACAAGAAGUGUCCCUGUAACCAGGAAGAGCCCCACUACAAGAAGUGUGCCCCACUACAAGAAGUGUUCCGUGUAACCACCGAGGAGGCCCCACUACAAGAAGUGUCCCUGUAA